GACGGUGAGACUGGGACCUUGUAAUUGAAUUGUGAAUCAACGUCAGCCCCUCAAACACCGCCCCCUUCGGCUGUAGUAGCGCUCCGGCUCUAAGCAAAACGCAACGCCCAUGGCUAGAGAUAGAGGAAGGAGUGAGUGAGUGAGUGAGUAAGAAAGAACGAGGAAAAGAGGGAGAGUGCGUGUGUGUGUUUGUUUGCGCCGGGAGAGGGAGAGAGAGAAAACGAGAUAAGUUAGAGAGUAAAAUUAUCUCAAUCGGCUUUUCGUGUGAGGAGAAUAGAACUAGGUGCGCCAAAGGAGGUGACGAUUUCCCCCACGUAUUGAGUUUUUUCCCCCUCUCUCUCUCUUUUGGAGCUGUUAGAAUAUUAAUAAUAUAUUUUUUUUUUUAAAAAAGAAGGACGCGGCAUAUUUUUUUUUCAAGACACGCUGAUCUGAUGAUCAUGACGGCAGCUGUCGAUAUGAAACCGACGCUAACGAUCAUAAAGGCUGAAAAGAUGGACGAUCCUGAGUGUGGAGACGUCCCCCUGUUGACUCCGGGGAGUAAAGAGAUGAUGUCCCAAGCUCUGAAGGCCACGUUCAGCGGCUUCACAAAGGAGCAGCAAAGGCUGGGUAUUCCCAAAGAUCCCAGACAGUGGACAGAAAACCAUGUGGCCGAGUGGCUAGCGUGGACGGUAAACGAGUUUAGUCUGAAGAAUGUCGACUUUGAGAAAUUUGGCAUGAAUGGAGCCAGCCUGUGUGCGAUGGGGAAGGACCGGUUCCUGGACUUAGCACCUGACUUUGUGGGCGACAUCCUUUGGGAACAUUUAGAGAUGCUCCAGAAAGAGGAUACAAAGCAUUACCCCAUCAAUGGACUGACCUCCAACUUCCAGGAAUCCCGCUAUACCUCAGACUAUUUUGUCAGCUAUGGUAUUGAGCAUGCUCAGUGUGUCCCUCCUUCUGAAUACUCAGAGCCGGGCUUCAUCACGGAGUCCUAUCAGACGCUUCAUCCCAUCAGCUCCGAGGAACUGCUCACGCUCAAGUAUGAGAGCGAGUACCCCGGCAUCAUCCUACGCGACACGGCCCUCAACUCCAUGCAGGGCGAUUACUUCUCUGUCAAGCAGGAAGUGGUGUCCCCCGACAAUAUGUGUGUGGGACGCCUCAGCAGAGGUAAACUCGGCGGUCAGGACUCCUUCGAGAGCAUUGACAGUUUCGAGAGCUGUGACCGGCUGACCCAGUCGUGGAGCAGCCAGUCCUCGUUCAGCAGCCUGCAGCGGGUGCCGUCCUACGACAGCUUUGACUCAGAAGACUACCCCACCGCCUUGCACGGCCACAAGCCCAAGGGCACCUUCAAGGACUACGUGAGGGAGCGUUCUGACCUCAGCAAGGAUAAGCCCGUCAUCCCAGCAGCAGCGCUGGCGGGGUACACAGGCAGUGGCCCCAUCCAGCUGUGGCAGUUCCUCCUGGAGUUGCUGACCGACAAGUCCUGCCAGUCCUUCAUCAGCUGGACAGGCGACGGCUGGGAGUUUAAGCUCUCCGACCCGGAUGAGGUUGCCCGGAGGUGGGGCAAAAGGAAAAACAAGCCCAAGAUGAAUUACGAGAAACUGAGCCGCGGCCUGCGCUACUAUUACGACAAGAACAUCAUCCACAAGACGUCCGGGAAGCGCUACGUCUACCGCUUUGUCUGUGACUUGAAAAGCUUGCUGGGCUACACGCCGGAAGAACUGCACGCCAUGUUGGACGUGAAGCCCGAUACAGACGAGUGAAGGCCGAACGGGUGGCGAAAAUAAAAGCAGAAACAAACUGAGGACACGAGUUAAAGGAGCCACUGGGACUGAGGCUCGUAAAGUUGUCUUAGCUGUUUGAUAGAGUUGGUAAUCCAUUUUUCUGAGGGGACCGAGAAGUUUUUAAAAACGACCAAGUGCGGCCGUCGUCGGUUUUUUGCCUCCAUGUCUUUCAGGCCACCGUUUUUAAAAGGAAGGCAGAAGCCAAGAAAACCUGUAUUCACAACCUGUUGGAAUUGACGUGUUAUGUGUGCAUGCGUGAGUAUGUGUGAGAGCGAUUGUGCGCGUGUCUGCCAUAUUACUGGUAUUAUUUAGCAGCUCGAGGCAAACGAGACGCUGUUGGGUGUAAUUAUCAGGUUAACUUCCGUUCCGUUUAAGUAGCAAAGCGGGGGAGGCGAGAGCUCCGAGACACAAGGUGUGAAUGAACCGAGCUGAGAGGUAGCCUUUUUAAAGCAACUCAUUUCAUUUUUGGGUUAAACAGCAAGUAGGUGAAAGGUUCCCCCCAGAGAUAACGGUUGCCAAAAUGUCAAGACUGAACUGAUAUUUAUCAUUGUUUCUCUCCUGCAAGGGGAGAUUUUUCAGCGAGGACCAAAAAAAAUAAAAUAAAAUAAAAAGUGUUAUGUAGGAUUUUGAUGUUUAAGGACCAUAUGCUUGUGCCAGUAUUAUAUUCAGAGCACCCGAUUUUAAGUCCGUCGGGCGGAUGACUGGGCAGAUGUAUUUUUUUUGUCUCUAAGUGUUUUUAAAUUAGAAUUCACCUUUUGAAUGCCAAGUUACACUGUUCUGUUCUCAUGGAGCCCGUAGCAGAGAUGCGCCGAUGUGAGUCAGACAACACUAUAGACACACACUGGGCCCGUGCUCUGUCGGGUUGCAAGAGCCUUGUUGAAGAUUACUCAUUCCCAAAGAGGUCUGAAAGACAACCGAAAGCAGCCGUUGCUUUUGAAACUGAAGCAUUCACCUUAAUGUACACGUUGCCACCUUGCUAGGGACGCAUUCUGUGACUGAAACGUAUGCAUUUUUGCAUAUGCCUCCAGUGUUAGCAAACUGUAGACAAUCUAUGUGGGGUCGAAUCAGGAGUUUUUUUUGUUUUUUUUUUUUUUGGUGCAAAUUAGAUGAACAGUUUUUUUUUGUCAGUUCACUGUCCACAUCAACCAUGGAUAUGAUGAUGUUUUACUAGUCCUGUCUGUCCGUCCUGUAAAAGUUCUAAUAGUGAAUGGGGAGGGGGUGGGGAUUUUUUUUUACACAACCCUAAGAAUGUCAAACGUGGGCCAAUUGUUGUCUUAAGCAGCACAUUGUGUCCACAAGAAAGGAGCUAGAGUGGUGUGAUGGUACAGUGUAAGACAAAGAGAAAGGCAAUAGACAAAUGUUGACUUCAGAGAAGGGGAACCUGUUUGGUAUGAACGAAGGUCACGGAGAGGAGUCCACGGACAGCGCAGGUGAUUAUCACUCAGGCAAUAGAAAGGACGCGGGAUGGCUUGUAUGGCUCAUGCAUGGCUGACAGCAGACUGUUCGGAUUGUAGUUUGUGUGCGUUUUUAUCAAUGAACAAAAUAAUAUAUGUCUCAGAGAGUGCCGUAAUCGAAGAGCACAUUUAUAACAAUUCACUGGUUACAUUUUAGGCAAAUUGGCAGCGGUUUCCCCCCCCCAACGAACAGUGGGAACAGUGUCGGUACACUGGGAAAUGCCAAAGUUGAAUAUUAUCCUAGAAUACUAUGUUAUUGUUUACAGUGGCUGAAUGUUACCCAUAUGGAUGAAAAUAGCUUUUGGAGAUGUCUAUUUGUACAGAUUGUGUUUCAUAAUGCUUUAUUGAGACCCGGAUUACACAAAUAAUCGUGAGACAAAGCAGGAAUAAUAACCAAAACCCACGUGAGGUCUUUUGGCUACGGUGCUUUGGGUGUCUACAGCAUUUGGAGACUUGGGGCAGAAAUUUCUCAUGUAUUUGGAACGUGUUGUCUUUUAUCUUUUUUUUUUUUUUUUAUAUAUAUAUAUUUGUAAAGCAGACAGCUUUAGGAUAAAUUCUUUGUCAAUUCGGGUUUCCCACUGAGUGCAAAGAAGAGAUGCUGUAUUUGUUGUCUUCUUGUCUACCUGGUAAAAAGCUCCAUUGUCAUCGAGCACUGACUCUCAAACCUGUGUUGCUUUUUUUUUUACAAUGCAGAGAAUUAGACCUUAAAAAUGUAUUAAACUGCACUGUAUGUUCAUUCCUUUCUAAAUGUUGUUUCAAAACAGUGUUUCCUCUUUUGCUUUAUUUUUUUUUUGUCAUGAUGUUCAUAACAAAGGAAAAACUUUAUUGCCUAUAAUGUUAAUAUUUUUUAAGAAAAUGGUUUGUCAGGACACAUUCUGUUGUGUGAUGUGGGAGACUACAAUCUACUGCAGGACUUGUGUCAUCGGUGACAAGUAUUUACACACCAAUAUUUUGUGGCAUAUGCAUAUCUCAACAAUGGAUUUUAGAAGGAAAGCCUUAUUGUUUUUUAUUGGAUGUUAUUCUUUUCUGUAUAUUUUAUAGUGUGUUUUGUAUUUUUGUUAUGAGAUCAUUUUUAUUGUAUUUAGUUCACAAGCAUUUGAAUAUUUUUCAAUAAUUUAUAUUUUAUAAAAGACGAGAGACGCAGACAGCUGGUGCUUUCAUGGGAAUUUAAAGGUAGCGCAGGACAAAAUAAUGUAGCGGAUUUUUUUCUUUUUUUUUCUUCAAUUGUCCAUUUUUUUGGUUUGUUUUUUUUCAAGUUUUUUUUUUUUUUAAUAAAGAAAAGAGACCUGUCUGCUUGAGGAAAAAAUGGCUGAUGCUGGCCCAUCAAUGAUUUCUGCUGGAAAGGUUUUAUAAACUGUAGCUUCUAUUUCUAAAAUGUACUUAAUGUACUUCAAAAUGUUAUAAAAUAUAUGUGAAGAAAGAUUUUA